AUGCCGCAAGACGUCCUCCUUGACAUCGUCCCUGAGAAGUCCGGCCGCGGCCGCAGACUCCUUAGAUUCAACAUCCCCCAGAAGGAUCCCAACGAGUACUCGACAACCAAGUGGGCGAUACGCAGCCGCCAGAAACGCGCCGAAAUGCCCCUCAUGGAAACCCUUCUCAUGCUCCACGAGAGGGCCGACGUGCGGGCUCUGCGCCGCGUGAUGAAAGUGAUAGCUUCCGAUCCACGCACAAGAUGGGACGAGAUGAGCGAGGCGGAGCAGGAGGAGCUGAGGGAGCAGAAACGCCAGGAAAUCCUAGAGCAGAGGGACAGAUGCGGCCGAAGCGCAACCGCCUUUUCGAACCGGAUCCUGAAACUCGCCACCAGCUGCAUUGGCGAUGCCGCCAUGUUGCAGUUUCUCAUGCAGAGUCGCAAGGCACGGUCGAAAGUGAUGUCUCUCUUCGAAGGCUUGGUGAGCCUAGAAGAGGACGGGAAGUUGAGAUUGCUUGCCGGAGCUCGUGGGGAUCAAAGCGAUGAGGAGGAGAAGGAGACCGGCUCCACCACUACCGACGAAGGUGGAGAGGAGGAAGAGACUGCAAGUGAGCAUGAAGAUGUACCGUCGACCAUCGUCUGCCAAUGGCAAGGCUGCGGGAGAAGCUUCGACGCUUCCGCCGCCCUCUACCUGGCGUCCUAG